CUGUGGGAGUGGAAGCCGGGCACAGUGACGCAGGAGACAGUGACAGACCACAUGGACACAGCAAUGCUGGUACAAAAGUGACACUGGCUCUUUCGGGUCCUCUUUUCCAAGAUGACGAAAAAAAGAAGGAAAAACGGUCGUGCCAAAAAGGGCCGCGGUCACGUGCAGCCUAUUCGUUGCACAAACUGUGCCCGGUGCGUACCCAAGAAUAAGACCAUUAAGAAAUUUCUCAUUUGGAACAUAGUGGAGGCUGUUGCCAUCAGGGACAUUUCCGAAGUGAGUAUCUUCGACGGUUAUGUGCUUCCCAAGCUGUAUGUGAAGCUGUGUUAUUGUGUGAGUUGUGCCCUUCACAGCAAAGUGGUCAGAAAUCGAUCUCGUGAAGCCCGUAAGGACCGAACUCCUCCACCCCGAUUUAGACCUGCUGGUGCUGCCCCACGACCUCCACCAGACAGUGGGCUCCCGCAGGGCACUGCAAGCCUGGAGCCCCCCAUGUCCACCAUCCAUGCAGCUCAGCUGGGGCACCACUUGAGACACAUCCAGGGACACCGUGAAGUCUCUGAGAGGGACCCACAGGCUGCAGGAGGAGCGCCAAGCUCAGAGGCUGAGGACUUGCAUCUGGUGCUGGGGUCGGGGCGCCAGGAGCACCAUCCUCCGAAGUACGAAGGAGCCCAGCCAGCAGGCAACUCGAGCCUCCAACAGAAAUGCCCACCGGGACCGCACUUCAGGUACUUCCAGAAAUACGAGACAGCAGCCACAAAGGGCAACAUCCUGUGA